GUUGAACGUGAGUGUGCGGCUGAUCAGUAGUUGUUGGAUUCGCGUAAAUUCAGUGACUACAUGACUGGAAGGUCUUUGUUUGUGUUAUCCUGCUUGCGGCAACCAGAAUCACUUGGGGCGAAAACAACGAACAAAUAAAAGUUGUAUUUGAUUGAGACAAAGGAAUUCAUUCUGCAGUUACUCACGCGUGUUACCAUCGUUUUGACAGUUUUCGACUCACGCGCCAGCUGUAAGUGACAAAUUAUUGGAUUGCUGCCUGGCUUAGCAGCAUGAAUUCGACAGCAUAUCGCAGUCGAUCCAGCGACGAGGCACUCGAUGAACAUUUAAAGCUGCAGCGCCAACAAGCCAUGCCGAUGACAAUGAGCACCACCCGCAGACAGCUGAGCGGCAACACAGUGGUGCCGCCCACACCGCCGCCGCCCGAACGCAUGCGCAUGCGCACCGACUCCAAUGCGACGAGCAUUUACGUGAUUGGCGCAGACAGUAGCAGCAGCCACAACGGCGCGCCAGGCGGCCGUCCGACCGACAGCAAUCCGGCGACAAUGGAGCGCAGACAACACAAUCGCAUGUCUUGGGUGAAUAUGCGCCGAGGUGGCGAAGAUGCGGCGCACCUUGAGGGCGGUGGCAGAGGCGCGGUGACUAUCACACCAUCGCCGCAGACCACGCGCAGUUAUAUAUCCACAGUAUCCACCAUCACAGCCACGACUGGCACGGGCGGUGACACAAUCAGGAGUCGUGCUGGCGGAGGCGGGGGCGGCGCUGGCGUCGGUAUACACAUUGGUAACGGCACAAUUAGUGGACGCACCACAGCCGCAUCGGGGCGCAUGAGCACCAGUGGUGGCACUACCAUCAGCGGUAGCAACAACACACUAAACGAUAUCAUCUCCGAUUAUCACAGCCAUGAGGCGGCCAGCAGCCGGGACUUCCACUACACCAACACAGUGGUGGCGUCGACGCCGCAUAUGAAGAACCUUUCGAGCAGCGGAAGUUUCAAUAUGACCAACGGCAGUACGGUGAAGCUGCUGCCGGUGAUGGACGAUGAGUCCAAUCAGCAGACAAAAUGCUCGAUAUUCCGUGGGCUCGUGCUGUGCAUCUGCUUGAACGUCACCUACGCCAACAUCGUGCGCUUCCCCCGUGAACUGGACAAAUACGGCUCGUCGUAUUUGAUUCCAUACAUAACGCUAUUGUUUCUAGUCGGUUUGCCAAUCAUCUUGCUGGAGAUAUCAGUGGGACAAUUUUUGGGCCAAAGUGCAGCGCACACAUGGACCGCCUCGCCCAUAUUUAAAGGCGCCUGCAUCAUCAGCCGCUUCGCGUCAUGGCUGUCGACGAUUUGGGUGUCGCUGCAAGCGGUCUUGGCGGUGGCCUACAUCGGCAUGUUCAUCUUCGACUCGCUGCCUUUUCGGGAGUGUGUGGGCAACGUGAAGUUGGCGCUGAAUGGCUACACGGUGACUGGCAACAGCGGACAAGAAUGCUUGCAGCGCACGUUCUUAACGCCGUUCUGGGAGAAUCCCAUGUACUUCGGCAUGCUGGCCGUUGGACUGAUCGGCAUUUGGAUUGUGGUCAUGCUGUGCACUCACAAUGGACGUUUCUUGCGCCGUAGCCUCUUCUUCUUUGGCAUACUGGGCUUCCUGCUGCUGUGUUGCCUCACUGGCUGGGAAGUGCACAACUCCUUCCAGCGCUCCUACUUUCCCGAGCUCUGGCCGUUCGAUUCGACACUACUCAUGGACUCUAACAUCUGGUUCAACGCUUUGAUGCAGGUACUCUUCGCCACCAACUGCGGCUUUGGCGCUUUGCCCGCCGUCACAGGGAAGUUCCUCUACAAAGGCGACGCCGUGCGCACAUCGAUCGUUUAUUUGUGCUUCAAUCUGCUGGUGAAUGCAAUUGCCGUCACACUAUUCAUGGUACAAUUCGAUCUCUCGGCGAAUAGUGGUUCCAUGAUUGAGGAGCUCAAGCCCCUCACAGCCGUGUACGAUCGCGUCAUGUACGAUCGUCCCAGCAACGAGCUAAUCGCACGCAUCAUACCCGUACUAAUUUAUGCGUUGAUUGUGAUUUCCGCUAUUGUGGCAAUGACGGUGUCCAUUUAUACGGUCACACGGUUGGUGCCGCGGCAUCCGAAUUACAUCAUCAGCUUGGUGGCGCUCGUCAUGACGAUCAUAUCGUUGGCCGCGCCGAAAUUCAUAAUUGCGCGCAUUUUGGAUACGCGUAUCGUUGGUACAAUCUUAAUUACGGCGCUUGUCUUCGAGCUGAUUGCGAUCAGUUGGAUUUAUGGCGUCAAGAAUAUCUACACAGACUUGGAAUUCUCCAUUGGACGACCGAUCUUCAAAGGGUGGAUGUGGCUGUGGUGCGUAUGCCCGGCUAUACUCACCGCGCUGUUGGUGUGGUGGUGUUCGGAUGACGAUCAGUUUGAUUUGCUCGCGGAAUAUGUACCACGCUGGGCGCCCAUUUUACUCGCGCUGGCAGUGAUCUUCAUUAUAGCUUGUGUGCAGAUAUUCCGACAAGUUGAGUACAAUUUCUUCGGUAUGAUCUGUGAGGCCUCCAAACCGGCGAAAGAGUGGGGACCAACCGAUCCUUUGGCACGCCAUGCCUGGAAGCAAUGGCGUUCGGUGUGUCAAGAUACUGGGCGCCGUGAUUUCACACUUCGUCGACGCGGUACACGUGACUACACACACUCCAUCAAGAAGGGUCAAUAUUCCAGCUCUAGUAAAUAUGCGAACGGCCAUGCCGCGCAACAGAACUGGAAGCAAUCAACCACCGGUAACAGUUCGCCCAACUACAGCGGCUCUAUGUUCGGCGAUUCCGCUAUCGAAGAGGAUAUUAGCGUUGACAAGUUUCCAGGUGUGUCACAGCAGUUUAUGCCCUUUCAGAGCAGUGAUGGCAAGCCGCUACGGUAUUCAAAUCGCUCACGUGCUCAACCACAACAACGUAGCAAUGCACAACAACAACCGCAACAACAGUACAUGGAUCAACACAGACAAUACCAGAAUCAGCAGCUUGAGGACGAGUCGCUGCCCAGCCCUCCACCACCACCGCCCAGUCACGUACACGCCAUGCGUGCGCCCAACGCCAAUGCCGAGAAGCAUCGUGAGAUUGUGUACAUACGCAGACUCUCGGAGGAUGGCCGCCAUGCGACGCGCAUCGAGAUAACACCGUCCAACGAAUCCAUAACCUACGGCAGCUCAAACGCCAUCACAGCCAAUGGCGGCGCGCGCAACCCUAUGAGCCGAGUCAGCGGAAAUGGGCCGCACGGCGCCGCCUACGUAAAGCGCUCCUCUAGCACCAGCAUGGCCGAGCACAACCGACACUCGGUCGUGAGUGUGGGUGGCGGCGCUCUCGUGGGAGGUGUCGCCGGCGCCAAAUUGCCACCACACAACACGAACGGCAGCGCGGAUCACAUCUGCUGGCGGAAGUUCACGGUGAAUCCGCAAGAGUACUCCACGGAGCUGUGAGGCAGUCACAUUUGGCUGCCACGACGAAGCAUCAGCAUACAAAUAUUUAAUACACACAUACAACAAAAGACUUUUCCGUACCCAAGACAUAUUCGUUAUAAAAAUUACUUUGUAGUUAUUCUAGUAAUGCAUUAGACGUAAUGAGACAUCUAGUAGUUGUAGUUGUAGUAGUGUAAUAUGUAUACAUAAACACCUAGACAAUUCCAAAUUGAAUUCCAAUACUUGUCGCAUAGUACUACUCUCGUUUAAUUAAGUUCAAUUGAAGACAUUGUAAAUAUUUAAUUAACCAAACUUAAAAUUAAUGAAUUGAUAUUUUGAAUAAGCUUUAACUGAAGAGUUCAGAUUAAAACGACUAACACGAGUUACAUAAUGAUAAUUAAAGUUUAAAGUUUACGAUGAAAAUCUGAAAAUCUCUUUGUUCAUAGAUAAUCUUAAGAAAGGGCGGUUGUUGGCGCGAGCGUCGAACUAUAAUAGUAUAUAAAUGAAGAAAUUAAAUAAAGGAAGAUACGAAAAUGGGGAAUGUAAGCUUAAGGAUUGUAUUUAACGAAUAUUUCCUUCGGAGCGCGCAAAAGUAUGCAACGCAAAUUAUUUAAAAUCAUUUUUAAAGCGUGGCUGAAUUAUUUUAUGCACUGAAGCAAAGGCUUUAGAAGAAAAAUUGUUAAUCGAAAUUAUGAAAUAUGUAUGUAAUCGAGAAUAAGUUUUACUAACAAUAAGGAGAUAUACUUAUGAACCGUUAUAUCCGUAUCCUGUAUUUAUAAAGUGAAAAGCCAAAAGCCUCACUUCUGCGGGCUGCGCUAACUAAAGAAUGCAACGAAAAAUAAUGUGAGAAACAACUCUACUAAAAUUGAAUAAAUUAAAUAAAAUGAAAGACAUUGAGAAACAAACAAA